AUCCCAUGGCAAGCACAUGAGCCUAUGUUCUCACUCUUGAAAUUAAGCUCCUUUAACUCUCAUUUGUGUGGCUGGGAGAGCCCUGGGCCCCUGCAGUUCUUCCCUUGUCUGAACCUCCCCUGACAGCUCUGGCAAAGCCAGGAAGGCUUUGGUGGGCACUGAAGGCACCCAGCCCUUUGCAGAUGGUGCUUAGCACUUAACAGGAUCAGCCCCUCAGCCCCUUGUGUGGUGUCCAUCACCUCAGAUGCCUCAGCAUCCCUGAAAGCGCGCGACGCCCACCACAUGUGAUCAGCCCCAUAAGCUGCUUUCACCUCACCUCGAAUGUUUGCUGUGCUGAUAAUCCCAACGGGGUGUCAUAUAAAGGAGCCCCUUGUUCAGGGCAAAAGGGAGGAAUGCUCUUCCAUAAGGAAAUCAGGGAGUUGACAGAGAUGUAAAGCUAAAGGUUUGCAAGAUUGCUUUUGCUUGGCCAAAUGUUGUGUGGUUUCAAGGUUGUUUUUGGAGUUCCUGGUGUUUAAAGUUAGUUAUUCAGCAGGUGGUCUGGCAGCAGCUGUAUAUGGAAAAGCAGCUUCCAGUCAGCUAUCAGCAUUUUAGCUUUUUUUGUUUCUUCUCCAGUCGUUGCUUACUCCUGUUUUAGCAAAUGUAACACCAGAAUCAAGUCCCUUCCUGGGAUGAAAACCUGCGAGUUCAUCGGCCAAGAUGGAGCUUCAGUUUUGGCCUGAUUUUGUGUCAUUCUCGAAAAAGCUGAAUGGUCGGAUGCUCUUGGUGGUUCUGGUCUUGUUUCUUUUGAUUAUUGACCUAGCGAAAAAGAGACGACCCAGGAAUUUCCCUCCAGGGCCACAGCUCUUUCCUCUCGUGGGAACCUUUGUGGACUUUAAGCAGCCCCUCCAUCUUGCACUGCAGAAGCUUACGGGUCGGUACGGGAACAUCUUCAGUGUGCAGUUUGGAAGUCUGACAUUCGUGGUGGUCAACGGGUACCAGAUGGUGAGAGAAGCUCUUGUCCAUCAGGCUGAAAUAUUUGCUGACCGGCCAAAUAUUCCACUCCUCCAAGAAAUAUUUAAAGGCUUUGGGCUUAUAUCAUCCAACGGGCACAUAUGGAGGCAGCAGAGAAAGUUUGCUUUAGCAACACUGAAAAGCCUUGCUGUAAAUUUUGAGGAAAAAGUGCAAGAGGAGAGUCGAUACCUCGUGGAGACAAUUGAGGAGGAGAAAGGACAGCCCUUUGACCCUCAUUACAAAAUUAACAGUGCUGUUUCAAACAUCAUCUGUUCCAUAACUUUUGGGAGCCGCUUUGACUACCAUGACAACCGUUUCCAGGAACUGCUGCACUCCCUGGCUGAAACGCUGCUGCUCAUCGGAAGUUUCUGGGGCCAGCUUUAUAAUGCUUUUCCUUUGAUCAUGAGAUGGUUGCCAGGACCCUUCAGGAAAAUCUUCAGGCACUGGGAGAAACUUCAAUAUUUUGUGAAAGGCGUGAUUGCAAAGCACAAGGAGGAUUUGGACCAGUCCGAGGCAGGAGAUUAUAUUGACUGUUACCUGAAGGAAAUAGAAAAGUUUAAGGGUGACACCAGCUCCUAUUUCCAUGAGGAAAACCUGCUGUGCUCCACCUUGGACCUGUUCUUGACUGGGACAGAGACAACAGCGACCGCCAUCCGCUGGGCUCUGCUCUACAUGGCCGCGUACCCCCACAUUCAGGAGAAAGUGCAGCAGGAGAUCGACGCCGUGGUGGGGCAGUGCCAGCAGCCCUCGAUGGCUGACAAGGAGAAGAUGCCCUACACCAGCGCCGUGCUGAGCGAGGUGCUGCGCGUGGGCAACGUGGUGCCCCUGGGGGUGCCCCGCAUGGCCACCAGCGACACCACCCUGGCUGGCUUCCACCUGCCCAAAGGCACCACCCUGAUGACCAGCCUGACCUCGAUAAUGUUCGACAAAAACGUGUGGGAGACUCCCGACACCUUUAAUCCUGAACAUUUCCUGGAAAACGGCCAGUACAGGAGGCGGGAGGCUUUUCUGCCCUUCUCUGCAGGUAGGAGGGCUUGUCCCGGGGAGCAGCUCGCCAGGACCGAGCUCUUCAUCUUCUUCGUGGCCCUGAUGCAGAAGUUCAGCUUCCAGGCCCCAGCUGAGGCCGCGCUGUCCUUCGCCUUCACGCUCAGCCUCACGCGCUGCCCCAAACCCUUCCAGCUCUGCGCCGUGCCCCGGCACUGAGCCGGGCCUGGCUGCCCCACAGCCCCCCUCAGCCUCACAAACUGGCAAAUCCCCUUCUCCUGAGCACCCUGCAGCCUCACAAACUGGGACAUCCCCCUCUCCUGACCACCCCAGAGGUUUU